UUCUUUUUUGCACUCAAGAAUUAUUUCUUUUUAUCAGCGUCUCGACAACGCGAAUAUAUUCCGUUAAUGAAAAAGCGGUAGCCGCUAGAGCAGGAGAUUGAAGGGCGAAAAAGAAGACUGAGAGAAGAGAGAUGGGCGUGACGAAGGAAGAAGUUGAAUCAUCCUUGAAGGCCAAACUGAACCCUUCUCAUCUUGAAGUGGUUGAUACAUCUGGAGGGUGCGGUGCAAGUUUUGUGGUGGAGAUUGUAUCAGAACAAUUUGAAGGCAAAAGGCUACUUGAGAGGCAUCGAAUGGUGAAUGCUGCCUUAGAGGAGGAAAUGAAACAAAUCCAUGCUCUCUCUAUUAAGAAAGCUGUUACCCCAGACCAGUGGAAACAACAGCAAGAAUCCAACCAAUCAAAUCCUGCUGCCUAAAGCAUAUGUUUCGGUUAUAAAAUAAGAAAUCCAUGCAGUGUAUUGCUGACUGUUGAUAUUCUUUGUGGAUUCUAGUUCUAUGUAGUUUUAUCAUACUCAAUUUAUAAUUGUACUACUAAAUUUUGUUUACAAAAUUUCUGGUUUAAGAUGUGACCCUCUUUAGGUAGGAACUUCCAAAUAAUUUGUCAUGUAUACCUUGUAGGACCUUUUUUCUCUUUUUCUUUUCUUUACGUCACCACGAGUUUGAACUUAUGGUCUUAUAAUAUAAAUCACCCA